AUGCCACGUAAACGCUUGGAGUGGGAUCCAGUGGAAAUGAAAGGGAAUCCAACUCGUUCUGGACAGGUAAAUGACUUGCUCAAAGCGAUCGAACGUUUUGAGACAAGAGGUGAAAGAAAUGCGGACUUAUCCAAACGACCCCUAAAGUUCGAUGAGAUUAUGUCUAUUCUAACGAUCAACAUCGAAAAUACUGCUUUCCAGGAUAGCGGGCUACAUGGUUUAUGGACAUGGACUUUCCAGUUGAUAUGUCGUGUAGAUGAUGCGACGAAUAUCACAUACAGUAAUCUAAAAUACAACGAAGACCAUCCUGAUGAGGUUUUUCUUGAGAUAGCUAGGAGCAAAAACAUUGCUAAGAAAUCGCAAGUGAGUAGACAAGUUGUUCUUGGAUCUCUAGACCCAUAUAUUUGUGCACUAUCAGCACUCACAGCACAUAUCAUUGAUCGACUUCGUGGUCGUUCAACAUUUAGCAACUUAGAUCUCGGCUAUAUGUUCACAUCCAAUGGAUCGACUGGUCGAGACGAGAAAUUAAGAACCGAUGUGUCACGCAGUAGAAUCAAAAAGAUUAUCUCUUUACCCGAGUUUAAGGCCAAAGGAGAGAUAAAUGAACUUGGUACGCAUAGUAUGCGUAAAUGUAGUGCAACAUAUAUACAGCGACGAGGACUCACAAAAGAUCAUGCGGAGGCUCGAGGUAGAUGGGCAAAGAGUAAGAUGGGCGGAAGUCAAAUACGAGGGACUAGACAAGUGGAUACCUAUUCAAGUGAUCUUAUGCCGUUCCCUGAUGCGAGAGUGUCUGAAAUUCUUUGUGGACCGCGUGGGGCCUAUGACGAAAUACGGAAGGUUGUUUUACGUGUGCCAGUUGUCACCAUCACUGCAGGUGCUGACGAUUUCUGUGCUCAGGAGGUAGAAGGCAUCAGUUCCAAUGCUAAUCCUAAUGCUACCAAUGUUACAGAAUUACAAAAUCAAAUUAUAUCCUUGAUGGCAGAAGUUAUAAAUUUAAAACAAAUGUUACAGACUUCCGAAGCAAAAGGUUGCGCACGAAUUCAGCAGCUGAGGGCGGAGCUCAAGCGCACACGGCGUGUGCUGAUGAGCCAGUUCAACACCAUGAAUUUCCGUGCAAGACAAAUUGCUACUAGCGGAAACCAGCCAAACAACAACGAUAAUGCAAAUAGUGAGAGCACACACAACAAUGGUGAAAGCAGCAACAGUAACAACAGCGAUAAUCGUCCCGCAGAGUUGAUAGACGGUCCGAAAUCGCUCAGAAUACUCUGGGACGAGUACGAGAGAGGUAUAAAUGGAAACAAACCGGCGAGUCUUUUUACGCGUGCAGAGAGAGGUAGUGUAAAGGGAGUUUAUAGCUUUCGACUAACUUUCUGGAGGGCAAUGGAGAGGCUCAACGCCCGCGGUAAUUCGAUAGAUUUGUCGAUUGAGAAGCUCUAUCAUGCAUUUGGUGAAACUCUAAGCAUUGCGGGCCUAAUACGUGAGAUCAGAAAGGACAAGCAAUUGACAAAAGUGCUACAACAUGAACAACAACAAUAA